UGCAAUGUAUUUCUUUACAACUCUUUAUUAGAUUGGAACUUUGUGUUGUUUUCAGAAAGUUGUAAUGGAUUUUUUUACUUAUAUAUCGUUUGCCAAUUUUGCUUUAUAUCACAUCUUAGCAGAUGACAAAUUUGUUAAAUCUGGAGACAAUAUCACACUACAAUGUUCUCUAUUAGGAAAGUCAUUUCGGUGGAUGAAAGAUAGUCACAUUCAUCUUACCGAUAACAAGAAAUAUGAUGGUACAAGCACAUCUUUUUUAACAGUUAUUAAUACUGAUCGUCACGACACUGGACGUUUUAGCUGUAAUGUAUUCACAAGUUUGGGUGUAUGGCGUAGUGGUCCUGAUUAUAGAUUGAACAUUAUUCUAAACGGCAACUGGAGCAAAUGGUCAAAGUGGAGUGAAUGUUCCAAAACAUGUGGCGGUGGUGUGUGGACUAAAAGUAGGUCAUGCACAGAGCCUUCUCCUUUGAAUGGAGGUUCGGAUUGCAGAGGAAGCCCUUACUAUACAAGGAUAUGUUCAAUAGAACCUUGUCCGGAUGAUAAAGAUUUGUCGACCAGACAUUAUAGUGGGGAUAUGAAAACCAAGAUUAUACAGUCAACAUUGAAUACUGAUUUUGAAGAACGAUCCAACAAAAAUAAGUCUGAAACAGACAUUCAAUUAUUGCAGACAACAUUUUCAGAUGUAACUAUAGGCUUCAUUAUGGUAGGAAUUGGAUUUACUAUUAUUGUCAUAACUACUGGUGUUUUGGCAAUACUGCGUAAUAGAUGUCGUAAACUAAAUAUAUUACCAGUACGACGAAAACAAAAACUUUUCUUCCCGGGGUCUUCGGAUAAAACUGAGAUGAAGUUUUGGAAUACAGACAUUGAUCAUCAUGCCAUACCUACUUUGCCCGUUGAUGAAAAAAUCGGAAAUUAUGUGUAUAAUAAUGAAAUACUUGAACUAGAAUCAAGAUCUAAAUGCCAGAAAACAGUUAAAACACCACAAUUUUCACAAAAUAAAUUUACACAGGGAUAUUAUUUACAAAGUAAAAAAUGCGAUUCCAAGUUGGAAAGCCAUGACUUUCUACAUGUACCUAUUGAAUCACGAUAUGAGUAUUUUGAAAUUGACGAAGAUCUGUCCACCAAUUUAUCAUAUGAUAAUGCAAACUUCUCGUACGAAGACCUAAUUGCAAGAAAACAGUACUUAUAUUUGCCAAUAAAUCAAAGUAUAAAUAGUAAUAACAUUGACGGGAACUCAAUAGUUAGCCCAACUGAUUAUAGCUAUAUAGACGGGAAGUCAUCAUUUCACCUAAAUGAGUAUGGCUAUAUAGACGAAAAUACAUCAUUUGAACCUAUAGAUUAUGGAUAUAUUGACGGACAGUCAUCAAUUGAACAAGCUGACUAUGACUAUAUAGACGAGUAGUCAUAUAUAUAUUUUAUUGUGAAACCAACCCUUUACAACGGGGGCAAACGCCAGCGGGGUACUGACACCUGCGUCAUUAAAAAUGCACAUCAUAGUAUUAACAAACAACAUUAUAUGAUUGUAGUAAAAUGGUAUAAGAUACUUUCAAGAGGCGUUAAAAGUCUUAAAAAAAUUAACACUAAAAUAUCAUAGAAGAUGGGUUAUUUCGUAAAAAUACA